UGUUUUUGACCAAAUUUAAAAAUGAUAUGCUACUUACUAAUUUGUCCUAUAACCGUUCCUAUAGGUUAAAAGAUAUAUUUGGGCCUGUGUAAUAUAAAAGGCUAAUUUGGGAAUUAUACAAAUCCAUGAGAUAAAACGAUAAGGGAUAAGAGUCUGAGAAAGGAGAAACCGCAUAGGAGAGAAAAGAGAUAGAAAAAUGGCGUCAGUGUCGAGCAUAUUUGGGUGUGGUGUAUCGAUGGCACCAAAUUCUUCACUGAGAAACAAAGCAAUUCGAACUGAAAGAAGAAAUGCGUGUGGAGGAUUGUUGAUUGAGUGUUCAUCAAGGCCACAGAAGAAAUCAACUGCACAUCACAUGAAGACGAGGCCGAGAAAAUCACGACUGUCCGAUAGGAAUCGGAAGCCGACUGUGUAUGCUCCGUUGCCUCCGCUACCUCCUGAUUUUACGAUUGUGAUUCCUGCUGAUGCAUCGACGGUUGAUUUUACUCCUCCGCCUCCCACUCCUUCUGAUUGAUUCGGUACUUUUUUUGUAUGUUGAUGUGUUGUUGUUGUUCUCUUUUGUUGGAUUUUGAAUUGUAUUGUUAAGAUAUACUAUUGUAUUAUUUCAGUUUUGUUUGUCAAUUAACUACUGUGCUUUUUUAUGUUUA